UUCAAAAAACAAAUCAUUAUCGAAAAUCGUUUGGUAGAUUAAGUGAACCUUUUCAAGAACUUAGACUUGAAGCUCGAACGACUGCUAUUAUGGCUUCUAAUUUACUUGGAAUCCGAUAUGAAUCUUCUUCGAACCAACCGGGUUUGGAUUUAGCUAAGAAGUGGUUUGAAAAAUCUCUUGGGUAUACUGAUUUGUCAUCUGAACUUAAUCUCAUGAAAGAUGAAAGAUUAAGUAAAUUGUCAAAUGAAAUUCAUGGACAUCUUGAUCGACUUGAACGUAAAUCUAAAUCAAUUUCAUCUAUUACAAGUUCAACUUGAGGAUGAUCGGCAAAAGCAAAUUAAAAGACUUGUUAGAUGAAUGUAGAUCGUUAGGUAAGAUGGAAUUCAUUUACCAAUUGUCAUUGAUUAGAUGAACACAUAGUAAUGUUUUAAAGGGUUUUGUUCAUAAUUUUAAAAUAUAAUAUGGAGAUUUGAGGUAUGUUAGUCUUUUAGGAGUGAUUUAUAAUACUUUUGAAAAAUUCAAUAAAUCAACAACACAAUAUAUCAAUUAUAAAUCAUCAAUCUGAGAUCCAAAAUAUAUAACUUGUUGUUUUCUUUAUGUUCUCUAUUCUUAAAUCCGUAGGUUUUUUCGGGUUAUUCAACUUUGUAUUUAUUUACGUAUCGCAAUUUACUACAGGUACAUAUCUU